AUGCGUUUAUCUAUCUAUCUAUCUAUCUAUCUAUCUAUCUAUCUAUCUAUAUAUAUAUAUAUAUGUGUGUACGUUCUCUUUUUUCUUCCUUCUAUCGACUUUCUCUUCUUUAUUCCACUUUUUCAGUUUUCUAUUUUUCAUUUACAACAUUUUUCAUUUUCUUUCAAUUUAUUUCAUUUUCUCAUUUCUUCAUCUGAAUUUUGUUUCUCUUCUUUCCUGAUUUCGUUUUUUUUCUUUUGCUUGACUUUUCUUUUUUUUUCUUCUUCUUUACGUUUUUUUAACUUCUUUCUUUCUUUCUUUCUUUCUUUCUUUCUUUCUUUCUUUUUCUUUCUUUGGUCUAUUUCCUCUUCAUAUUUUUCUUCAUAUAUUUUUUCUUUCUCUUCACCUUCUUUUAAUUUAUAUUCACCCUCCUCCUCAUCCUCUUUCUUCUUCUUCUUUUUAUUUGUCUUCAUUUUUCCUUUUUUCCGUAGUUUUCGACAACUUUUUUCCUGUUGUUGGGUUGUCAUUCUAUAA